AUGCUGCGGAUUCAGACCGUGUCGAGUGAAGAACUCGUUGCCCUUGACUUGACGAGCUUUCUCGAGACGCUGUCUGCAGGGAUGCAUGCUGUCCGCGCACUGAAGCAACACUUGCGCAGCAUUUGUGGUGUGUCAAGGUUCCGGCAAAGGCUGGUAUUUCUUGAUGAUGGCACAGUUCUAGGUGAAGAUGGAACCCUGAGACCUGGCGAAGUUCAGGUCGUACUUCUAAGCUUCUGCCCACCAUCGGACCCUCAAGUGACAGCACUUCGGGAUGCAGCUAGACGUGGCCUGUCAGCAGAAGUGGAGACUCUUCUACAAAGACCGCAAGACCCAGAUUUGGGCGAUCCGGCCCCUCUGUUCGAGGCGUCCGAGCACGGCCAAGCAGAGGUUGCAAGCCUUUUGCUGGAGGCUAAUGCAGACACGGACAAGGCGGCCAGGCAGGAUGGCGCCACGCCUUUGUUCAUUGCGGCUCAGGAGGGGCAGCUGGAGGUUGCACGCCUUUUGCUGGAGGCCAAUGCAGACAAGGACAAGGCCACGCGUGCUGGCGCCACCCCUUUGUUCAUUGCAGCUGAAAAAGGACAGCUGGAGAUUGCACGCUUACUACUGAUCGCCAAUGCGGACAAGGACAAGGCCAUGCAGGACGGCGCCACCCCAUUGCUCAUUGCAGCUUUUCAUGAACAGUUGGAUGUUGCACGCCUUCUGCUGGAGUCCAAUGCGGACAAGGACAAGGCCCAAAAGCAUGGUGCCACCCCAUUGUUCUUUGCAGCUCAGCAGGGACAGCUGAAAGUUGCACAACUUCUACUCGAUGCCGAGGCGGACAUGGACAAGGCCACGCAUGCUGGCACCACCACGCCUUUGUUCAUUGCAGCUGAAAAAGGACAGCUGGAGAUUGCACGCUUACUACUGAUCGCCAAUGCGGACAUGGACAAGGCCACGCGUGCUGGCGCCACCCCUUUGUUCAUUGCAGCUGAAAAAGGACAGCUGGAGAUUGCACGCUUACUACUGAUCGCCAAUGCGGACAAGGACAAGGCCAUGCAGGACGGCGCCACCCCGUUGUUCAUUGCGGCUCAGCAGGGGCAGCUGGAUGUUGCACGCCUUCUGCUGGAGUCCAAUGCUGACAAGGACAAGGCCACGCAUGCUGGCGCUACCCCUUUGUUCAUUGCAGCUGGAAAAGGACAGCUGGAGAUUGCACGCUUACUACUGAUCGCCAAUGCGGACAAGGACAAGGCCAUGCAGGACGGCGCCACCCCGUUGUUCAUUGCGGCUCAGCAGGGGCAGCUGGAUGUUGCACGCCUUCUGCUGGAGUCCAAUGCUGACAAGGACAAGGCCACGCAUGCUGGCGCUACCCCUUUGUUCAUUGCAGCUGGAAAAGGACAGCUGGAGAUUGCACGCUUACUACUGAUCGCCAAUGCGGACAAGGACAAGGCCCAAUCGGAAGGUGCCACCCCAUUGUUCAUUGCAGCUCAGCAGGGGCAGCUGAAAGUUGCACAACUUCUACUCGAUGCCGAGGCGGACAUGGACAAGGCCACGCAUGCUGGCGCCACCCCUUUGUUCAUUGCAGCUGAAAAUGGACAGCUGGAGAUUGCACGCUUACUGCUGAUCGCCAAUGCGGACAUGGACAAGGCCAUGCAGGACGGCGCCACCCCAUUGCUAACUGCAGCUCUUCAUGGGCAGUUGGAUGUUGCACGCCUUCUGCUGGAGUCCAACGCGGACAAGGACAAGGCCCAAUCGGAAGGUGCCACCCCAUUGUUCAUUGCAGCUCAGCAUGGGCAGCUGAAAGUUGCACAACUUCUACUCGAUGCCGAGGCGGACAUGGACAAGGCCACGCAUGCUGGCGCCACCCCUUUGUUCACUGCAGCUGAGCAUGGGCAGCUGGAAAUUGUGCAACUUCUGCUGGAGGUCAACGCGGACAUGGACAUAGCCACGCAUUCUGGCGCAACCCCUUUGCUCAUUGCAGCUGAGAGCGGGCAGCUUGAGGUUGCACUACUGCUGAACGCCAAGGCGGACAUGGACAAGGCCAUGGAUUUUGGUGAAGAACUCGUUGCACUUGACUUGGCGCGCUUUCUCGAGAUGCAGCCUGCCGGCAUGCAUUCCGUCCGGGCACUGAAGCAACACUUGCACAGAAUUUGUGGUGUGUCAAGGUUCAGGCAACGACUUGUAUUCCUGGAUGACAAGGUGGUUCUAGAUGACGAUGGAACCGUGAGACCUGGCGAAGCUCAGGUCGUACUUCUAAGCUUCUGCCCACCAUCGGACCCUCAAGUUACAGCACUUCGGGAUGCAGCUAGACGUGGCCUGUCAGCAGAAGUGGAGGCUUUUCUACAAAGACCGCAAGACCCAGAUUUGGGCGAUCCGCCCCCUCUGUUCGAGGCGUCCGAGCACGGCCGAACACAGGUUGCACGCCUUUUGCUGGAGGCUAAUGCAGACACGGACAAGGCGGCCAGGCAGGAUGGCACCACGCCUUUGUUCAUUGCGGCUCAGGAGGGGCAGCUGGAGGUUGCACGCCUUUUGCUGGAGGCCAAUGCAGACAAGGACAAGGCCAAGCAGGACGGCGCUACCCCGUUGUUCAUUGCGGCUCAGCAGGGGCAGCUGGAGGUUGCACGCCUUUUGCUGGAGGCCAAUGCAGACAAGGACAAGGCCAAGCAGGAUGGCGCUACUCCUUUGUUCAUUGCAGCUUGGGAGGGACAGCUGGAGGUCGCAUGCCUUCUGCUGGAGAGCAAUGCCGACAAAGACAAGGCCACACAGGACGGCGCCACCCCGUUGUUCAUGGCAGCUUGGGAGGGGCAACUGGAGGUCGCACGUCUUCUGCUGGAGGCCAAUGCAGACACCGACAAGGCCAUGCGGGAUGGCGUCUCCCCGUUGUACAUUGCAGCUCAGAAGGGGCGGCCUGGGAUUGCACGUCUUUUGCUGGAGAGCAAGGCGGACAAGGACAAGGCCAUGCAGCAUGGCGCCACCCCGUUGUUCAUAGCAGUUAAGAAGGGGUGGCUGGAGGUGGCACGCCUUCUGCUGGAGGCCAAUGCCGACACGGACAAGGCCAUGCAGGAUGGCGCCACGCCCUUGUACAUUGCUGCUCAGAGAGGACACGUGCAGGUUGCACGCCUUUUGCUGGAGAGCAAUGCAGACAAGGACAAGGCUACGCAGGAUGGCGCCAUUCCGUUGCACAUUGCCGCGCAGGAGGGGCAGCUGGAGAUUGCGCGCCUUUUGCUGGAAAGCAAUGCAGACAAGGAAAAGGCCACGCAUGCUGGCGUCACCCCGUUGUACGUCGCAGCUCAGACGGGGCGACUGGAGGUUGCACGCCUUUUGCUGGAGAGCAAUGCGGACAUGGACCAGGCCAGGCAGGAUGGCGCCACCCCGUUGUUCAUCGCAGCUGGGGUGGGGCAACUGGAGGUCGCACGCCUUCUGCUGGAGGCCAGUGCAGACACGGACAAGGCCAGGCAGGAUGGCGCCACCCCGUUUGACGUUGCAGCGCAGAGAGGACACCUGGAGGUGUUACGCCUUAUGCAGAAGUCUAACAUGGACAAGAACAAAAGAAGAAAAUAUCAGUGA